GGAGAAUUGGUGAAAUCGCUUCCAGCCGGCACCUCUGAACUCCCAGCCCUGACUGACUGAGGCAGCCACGUCUGUCGCAGAGAGCGCUCACCAGGCGACAACCGGGUUCAGAGUGACCCACAUCUGGUGGAAGAAGAAAAAAAUGUAGUGAUCGAAUCCAAUCAAGUGUAUCUCCCAAAUUAUCGACGACUUUCCAUCAAGAAAGGCUCCCGCUCAUCCCAUAGACACAUGGCUCCCCGAGGAGACACGUAAAGAUGAAGACAUCGAGGCGCAGAGAAAUUAAGUGACUUCGCCAGAGUCGCAAGCUGGGGAGGACCAGGAUUAGAACGCAGAGAGAGCCCUUGACUCUGGGUCCUGCCCACGGAGUCACGCUGCCUCCGUUCCUGGGAGAGAAGACGUCCUGCAAGAUGGAGGUGGACGCCGAGGAGAAGCGUCAUCGCACACGGUCCAAAGGGGUUCGAGUGCCCGUGGAGCCCGCCAUCCAGGAGCUGUUCAGCUGUCCCACUCCCGGCUGCGACGGCAGCGGUCACGUCAGUGGCAAAUACGCGAGACACAGAAGUGUGUACGGUUGCCCCUUGGCCAAAAAAAGAAAAACACAAGACAAACAGCCCCAAGAGCCUGCCCCCAAGCGGAAGGCGUUCGCGGUGAAAGCAGACAGCUCGUCGGUGGACGAGUGCUACGAGAGUGACGGGACCGAAGACAUGGACGAGAAGGAGGAGGACGAGGAGGAGGGCUACUCGGAGGACGAGGAGGAGGACGAGGAGGGGGACCGCGAGGACGAGGAGGAGAUCGAGGAGGACGACGAGGACGAGGACGAGGACGGAGAGGACGUGGAGGAGGAGGAGGACGAGGAGGACGAGGAGGAGGACGAGGAGGACGAGGAGGAGGACGAGGAGAACGAAGAUCACCAAAUGAAUUGUCACAAUAGUCGAAUAAUGCAAGACGCAGAAAAGGAUGAUAAUAAUAACGAUGAAUAUGAUAAUUACGAUGAGCUGGUGGCCAAGUCCCUGUUGAAUCUCGGCAAGAUCGCUGAGGACGCAGCCUACCGGGCCCGGACAGAGUCCGAAAUGAACAGCAACACCUCCCACAGCCUGGAGGACGACAGUGACAAAAACGACAGCCUGGGCCGGAAAGGCGAGUUGAGUCUAGACUUAGACAGCGAUGUUGUCAGAGAAACAGUGGACUCCCUGAAACUGUUAGCGCAAGGACAUGGCGUGGUGCUCGCGGAAAACAUGAAUGACAGGAGCUACGGAGACCCCAUGUCGCAGCAAGACAGCAGGAACAUGAACUACAUGGUGCUGGGGAAGCCCAGCCUGAACAACGGGCUCGCGGAGAAGCUGGUGGAGGAGAGCGACGAGGAGGUGUGUCUGAGCAGCCUGGAGUGCCUGCGGAACCAGUGCUUCGACCUGGCCCGGAAGCUGAGCGAGAGCAGCCCGCAGGACCGGGGCGCCCCGCAGACCCCGAGCGUCCGCCCGCACCCGCGGCCGGAGGACGACUUCUCGGGAAGGACGCCGGACAGGAACUACUCUGACAUGAUGAACCUGAUGAGGCUCGAGGAGCAGCUGAGCCCCAGGUCUAGAACUUUUUCCAGCUGUGCCAAGGAGGACGGGUGUCCCGAGAGAGACGACGACACGGCCUCCGUGACCUCGGACCGGUCCGAGGAGGUGUUCGACAUGACCAAGGGCAACCUGACCCUCCUGGAGAAGGCCAUUGCCUUGGAAACAGAGAGGGCCAAGGCCAUGAGGGAGAAGAUGGCCCUGGAGGCUGGCCGGCGGGACAGCACGCGGUCCUAUGAGGAGCAGUCACCGCGACCGCUGCCCGGGGACGAGCGGAAGCCCAAGUCCAGCGACAGCCAUGUCAAAAAGCCAUACUAUGAUCCCUCGAGAGCAGAAAAGAGAGAGAGCAAGUGUCCAACCCCAGGCUGCGAUGGAACCGGCCACGUGACCGGGCUGUACCCGCAUCAUCGCAGCCUGUCCGGAUGCCCGCACAAAGAUAGGGUCCCUCCGGAAAUUCUUGCCAUGCACGAGAACGUUCUCAAGUGUCCUACUCCGGGCUGCACAGGGCGAGGGCACGUAAACAGCAACAGGAACUCUCACCGGAGCCUCUCUGGAUGCCCUAUCGCCGCAGCGGAGAAGCUGGCAAAGGCCCAGGAAAAACACCAGAGCUGCGACGUGUCCAAGUCCAACCAGGCCUCAGACCGCGUGCUAAGGCCAAUGUGCUUCGUAAAGCAGCUCGAGAUCCCUCACUACGGCUACAGAAACAGCGUCCCCACCACCACGCCGCGCUCCAACCUGGCCAAAGAGCUGGAGAAGUACUCCAAGGCCUCGUUCGAGUACGGCAGCUACGACAGCCAGGCUUACGGCAAGCGGGCCAUAGCUCCCAAGGUGCAAACCCGGGACCUAUCCCCCAAAGGAUGCGAUGCGAAGCGGCUCUGCAAGGACGGCAGCCCUAGCAGCAGCGCCGCCAGCAGCUACGCGCCCAGCAGCAGCAGCCUGAGCUGUGGGGGCGGCGGCAGCAGCGCCAGCAGCACCUGCAGCAAGAGCAGCUUCGACUACACACACGACGUGGAGGCGGCACAUAUGGCGGCCACCGCCAUCCUCAACCUGUCCACGCGCUGCCGCGAGAUGCCGCAGAACCUGCCCGCCAAGCCACAGGGCCUGUGUGCCGCCCGGAACCCGGACGUGGAGGUGGACGAGAACGGCACGCUGGACCUGAGCAUGAACAAGCAGAGGCCGAGGGAGGGCUGCUGCCCCGUCCUGACGCCGCUGGAGCCCAUGUCCCCGCAGCAGCAGGCCGUGAUGGGCGGCCGCUGCUUCCCACUGAACGAGGGGGACUGCUGGGACUUGCCCGUGGACUACACCAAGAUGAAGCCCCGGAGGGUAGACGAGGACGAUCCCAAAGAGGUCGCUCCAGAAGACCUGGACCCCUUCCAGGAAGCUCUGGAAGAAAGAAGGUACCCGGGGGAGGUGACCAUCCCCAGCCCCAAGCCCAAGUACCCCCAGUGCAAGGAGGGCAAGAAGGACCUGAUCACUCUGUCGGGCUGCCCACUGGCUGACAAAAGCAUCCGGAGUAUGCUGGCCACCAGCUCCCAAGAACUCAAGUGCCCCACGCCUGGCUGUGAUGGCUCCGGACACAUCACCGGCAACUACGCCUCCCACCGAAGCCUUUCAGGUUGCCCGAGAGCGAAGAAGAGCGGCAUCCGGAUAGCACAGAGCAAGGAGGACAAGGAGGACCAGGAGCCGAUCAGGUGCCCGGUCCCCGGCUGCGACGGCCAAGGCCACAUCACCGGCAAGUACGCCUCGCACCGCAGCGCCUCGGGCUGCCCCCUGGCGGCCAAGCGGCAGAAGGACGGGUACCUCAAUGGCUCCCAGUUCUCCUGGAAGUCGGUCAAGACGGAGGGCAUGUCGUGCCCCACGCCCGGAUGCGACGGCUCAGGGCACGUCAGCGGCAGCUUCCUCACGCACCGCAGCUUGUCAGGGUGCCCGCGAGCCACGUCGGCCAUGAAGAAGGCAAAGCUGUCCGGGGAGCAGAUGCUGACCAUCCGGCAGCGCGCCAGCAACGGGAUCGAGAACGACGAGGAGAUCAAGCAGCUGGACGAGGAGAUCAAGGAGCUGAGCGAGUCCAACUCGCAGAUGGAGGCCGACAUGAUCAAGCUCAGGACGCAGAUCACCACGAUGGAGACCAGCCUGAAGAGCAUCGAGGAGGAGAACAAGGCGAUCGAGCAGCAGAACGAGUCGCUCCUGCACGAGCUGGCCAGCCUGAGCCAGUCGCUCAUCCACAGCCUCGCCAACAUCCAGCUGCCGCACAUGGAGGAUGGUGGAUGGUGGGGGCAAUAAAUGAGGUUUUUUGCAUUCCAAGGAAAUGGCAUAUGGACUAACUGUAAGAGAUAAGUAAUUUAUUGUAAGACAACAUCAAGCCAUGGAAACUUGGCAGAAGACUCGAAGCAGCUCACACAGCGCGUUUAAGGCGGCUGCCGAGCAUGCACACUGUGGCCCUGGGACCCCCGCGAGACAGGGGCCUGGGAGAGGCAGACGCCGCGAAGAUGUCCUUGUCCGUGUCCGAUAAACUCUGGAACAGCCGCCUGUGGCCUCCCCAGGCGCGGCCCGGCCCCGAACUGCCUCCCCUUGCGACGCGGCUCUUGCAGCCGCGCCUGUGUGCUCGAAGGCCACUGGAGCGCGCGCUCCCCCUUCUGCUCUGACCAGCUGUUACCGUUGUUCUUGUCGUUGCUGUUCUGCUUUGGGGCAGGAAGGGACGCGGAUUGGGAGCCUCCGAGCCACUGGACUGACUGUCCUGCUGGAUUCAGUGGCAGAGCGGCUCUGCAGCGCCGCCCGGCCCUGCCUGCCGAGGCCUCGCCCGAGCGCUUGGUCCCAUCCCGAGCUCUCCUGCCACAACCUCGGCCCCUGUGGCUGGAGACCAGCGGACCCUAGGGCGUUUGCCUAGCCUUGUUGUUGAGUUGUCAUGAGCUGUUCCGGAAAUGGAUGCAAUCAGAGUUUAAGAGUAAUUAAUGUACUUCAGCACUUUUCCUUUACGAGAGACC